AUGAAGAAGAGUAUGGAACUCGGCACGUCGAAUGGACACUUGAGUCCGGCACAGGCGAACAAGAACUACUGGCGAGAAAUGAGCCGGAGUCCAAGUCCGCUGGGCCUGAUUCCUAUCCACCAGAAAUGGCGGUCAUUUAUCCACAAACAUGAAAUCCCCCGCAAAAUCCUCCACGUCUCCAUCGGCUUCCUCACCCUCGCCCUGUACGCCACCGGCAUCCAAACAGCCUCCAUUCAUCCCGUCCUUCUCACGUGCCUGGUCCCCAUUUUCUGCGCCGACCUCUUGCGCCACCGCUACCCGCACAUAAAUCGCUUCUACAUCCGCUGCCUCGGCGCUUUCAUGCGCGAAUCCGAAGUCGACGGCUACAACGGCGUCAUCAGCUACCUCCUCGGCGCAUGGCUGGUCAUGCGCUGGUGUCCCAAAGACGUCGGCGUCAUGAGCAUACUGCUACUGAGUUGGUGCGAUACGGCGGCGAGUACGUUUGGCCGGUUAUGGGGCAGAUACACGCCGCAAGUCCGGCGCGGGAAGAGUCUGGCUGGUAGCCUGGCGGCGUUUGCGACGGGCAUUAUUACCGCGGGAUUGUGGUGGGGUGUCUUGGGCCCCAUGUAUGCGGAAUACAACACUGGCGAGUAUGCGUUUGCGUAUCAGGGCGCGCUCAUGUUACCUGCACAGGCUCGCGAGAUGUUGGGCGUAGACACGAAACACGCGACUAUCACGGGCUACUGGGCCUUGGGCGCUAUGAGCGUCGCAGCAGGCUUCAUAGCGAGCGUGAGCGAAGCUAUUGAUUUGUUUGGCUGGGACGAUAAUCUGACGAUUCCCGUUUUAUGCGGUGCUGGGUUAUGGGGCUUCCUCAGAGUUUUUGGAUAG